AUGCCAGAAAAAGUGGCUAAUUAUUGCAAUGAUCCCAUCCUCUCAGAAGCUGGUGAUGAAGGCGAGGUACCAACUGAUGAAUAUAAAUUAUUAUCUUUGAAUAUAAUAAUUCGUCAUGGAGAUCGCACUCCUCUUCACGUUAUCGAAACAAAAGGUGUUUCCACAAAAUCAUUUCGAUGUUAUUUUGAUGAACAUCUCAUAAAAAAUGUGCCAAUUAUUUACGAUUUCACUGAAACCAUGAGGCAAAGUAAACAUGCGUUUGAAUCAUUAGAAACUUUCAAAGCGUUCAAUUUCACCACUUUAUUCCCUGAUGUUAUGGUUUGCCCUCCUGGUGUUUUAACUCCACUCGGGGCUGCUCAGCAACUCAGGAAUGGACUCUCCCUUAAGAAUAAGUACAAUAAGCACAAUUUGCUAACUGAAUCAGAUUUUGAAAAAAAUGUAAAGAUAAUCACCACAAUGUACAGCAGAACGUUUCAGUCAGCCAUAGCUUUCAUUUAUGGAUUCUUACCAAAGUUUAAUCUAGCGAAAUUAAAUUUUGAAAUGCGAGAUAUGGCAAAUAUGUGCAAACGUAAUUCAAAAAUUAAGUGUGAUUGUCCAGCGGUUCAGAAGAUGGAGAAUGUUUUUGCAAAUUCGUUCGAGCAGACCUGGACUCCUCAUCUACUGCCGAUGACGGAUAAACAUUUCUAUGCUAGAGUUCUCGAAAGGUUCAACUUCAAUUCUAACAAACCCGAUCCUCGCCCCACUCCUAUCUGGGACUUCCUAGUGGCGCAUCACUGCCACAAUCAAACUCUGGAUGAUUGCUUGUUGAUCGAUUUGCACAACCACGUGAACGAGCACGGUGUGAGGAUGACGAAGAAUGGUAGGUACAAGAAGAUAUCCAUUCUCAAGAUGAUCCCACUUCUGCACGAGAUUCUUAAUAAAUUGUCGUACAAUGAAAAAAUGUUAUUGGGACAAUAUCGUACAAAAAAUUUGAAAAGAUCAGUCACUGUUGAAAAUAAUUAUGAUGAUGAUAAUGGGGAAAAUGCAGUUCCUGUUAAAUCAAAUGUAAACGGAGUGGACGAGCCAGCGACCAAUCAUCUUCCGACUGUCAUUUUGUACUCUGGUCACGACUCCACCAUAGAACCCAUUGCUUCUUCGUUGGGUUUUGCAGAUGGUCACUGGCCAAAAUAUGCUUCACGAAUCGUUAUCGAACAAUAUGGUAAAAACAGCAAAAACGCAAACAACAACAACAGCAGCAAAUCUCUCCUACGAAUAUUAUACAACGGCAAAGCAGUCACGCAUCUCACUCCAUUUUGCAGAAAUGUCGGUGACGAACUGCAAAAAUUUUCUCUCUGCCCGACAUCAAACUUCAAAACGUUUGUGAACGAGCAGUUGAGUGGCUACAGAAAAGAUUGUCAUUCCAUGCUGGUUAAAAGACAAAACAAUUUGGAUGGCAGGGAAAGGAUUAGAUGA